AUGAAGGUGGAGAUGCGGAAGGUGCACGCCACGCUACAGUCGGCGCUGUAUGGCAACGUGGCGAUUUUGAUACCUCCAAAUGUGGACAUUCAGCAGAUCUUGGAUCAGCUAGCUCAACACAAAAGGGAUAAGGUGGUGGCCUACAUUAAUACGUUAACGUAUGAGAAGGAAGCGGCCUCUCUCCUCGCUACGAAGGAGAAGGAAAUUUUCAAGUGCCUAGCUGUGAGGGAGAAGGAGAAGGCCUUGCAGGACAUGGAAGAGGCGUUCAUGGUGAAAAAAGAGGACUUACGCCGAGCUGUGAAGAAGAAGGAAGAAGCCUUAGACCGAACAGUGAAGGAGAAGAAAGAGGCCUUGAAGGAGAAGGAAGAGGGCUUGAAGAAGAUAGAAGCCUUACAACAAGAUGUGAAGGAGAAGGAAAAGACGUUGAGGGAGAAAGAACAGGCCUUGGAGGAGAGAGACUGGGACUUAGACCGAGCUGUGAAGGAGAAGGAAGAGGUGUUGAAGGAGAAUAAAACGCUGUUGCAGGACAAAGAAGAGGUCUUGAAAGAGAAAGAGGCCUUAAAAAAGGACGUUAUCGACUUAGAAAUGAAGUUGCUUCAGAGAGAAUGUGAAGUUGAGCUCCCAGAAGACAAGAAAGAAGAUAAAAGUGGUGAAGGGACCAGCCAGGACCCGGACGUUGAGAUGCCGCCGGCCAAAAAGGCAAAAAAUAUGAAGCGCAAAUAA